AUGGAUUCAGAAUCUGGCAAUGAGUCUGGAGACUAUUCAUAUGAUGAAAGUUCUGAUGAGGUUGAAUAUAGCAGUGAUUGGGAUGAAGAAUACACAGCUUCUUUUGAAAAAAUAUCUACUACAAGGAGAAACUUGAGAAAAGGAAAUUUCAAUCCGCGUUUGUUUAGUUUUGAUUCAAGUAGUUGUGAAUUAUCUUUCACCAUAAAAAAUCUUGCUCUCGAAACACCAUUUGACUUCUUCAAACUAUUUUUCGAUCGACGACUACUUGAAACAAUUGUUAAAGAAACUAAUCGAUUUCAUGCAAAUUCUGCAUGGACAAGCUAUAGUCGUACAGCUCCAUGGAUCGAUACAACAAUCAACGAAAUGUAUACAUUUUUAGCUACGGUUAUGUUGAUGCCUCAUUCGAAAAAAAAUCGUAUUUGUGAUUAUUGGUCUACUGAUCAUCUUAUUGCAACACCAAUAUUUGCUGAACUUUUCACUAGAAAUCGAUUCAGAGCUUUACUUACUAAUCUGCACUUCAAUAAAAACCAAAAUCAAAUUGUUAAAGAUAGUCUUUACAAAAUACAAUCAAUUAUUGAUGAAUUAAAAAAAAGACGAACAGUUAGUCGUGUUAUUGACAGUGCACGUACCGCCAUAAUAAAGCAUUUCGUACCAAAAUAUUUGGGAUUUUCGCAUUUAACUCGACGAGAACUCAUCGAUAAUCAUACUCGUCCACUUGCCAAACUACUGUUCGAUCAACCAGGUGAGGACAAAGCUAUUAUUAUUCUUGAUGGCACUUAUAUUUACGUCCAAAAAAGUGGUAAUAAUCUUUUACAACGGCGAACAUAUUCAUUACAUAAAGAUCGUGCUCUCAUCAAACCAAUGAUGUUCGUUUCAACAGACAGCUAA